AUAACGGUCAUAUAUUAAAAAAAAAAUCAAUUUUUUAUACUUUUCACACUAUAAAUACCCUCAUAUUCUUCCAUUUUUUUUACAACUCAAUACAUUCUCAUUCUCAUUCUCUAUAUAUUUUUAAAAAACCUAGUGUCACCUUAUAAAAAAAUGGGUUCCCCGUCGGAAGAGUCUUUCACCGAAAUUUACCGAAGAUAUUUUUCGCCCGACGAAGACGCGGCCGAGGAAGAAGCGGUUACGAGUGCAUGUACUUUUGUGCUACAAGCAUUUGAGCACAUUCGGCCUACUCCCCCUCCACGACCCAUCUUGCGACGCACCUAUAUCUUGCGAGAUCGUGAAGCCGCGAACGAGCGUUUGAUGAAAGACUAUUUUGAUGCGGCACCGGUUCACGGACCGAAUGUUUUUAGACGACCUUUUCGGAUGAGCCAAAGGUUAUUUUUGCGCAUUAAUAAUGACUUGGAAAAUACGUAUGAUUUCUUUAAGCAAAGAAUGGACGCACGAGGAUAUCUAGGCUUCACCUCAAUUCAAAAGGUCACAUCCGCCUUACGCGUAUUAUCAUACGGAAACACGUACGACAUCAACGACGAGUAUUUGAAGAUGGCGGAGAAAACAACCCGAGAUACCUUGGAACAUUUUUGCUAUGGAAUAUGCCAGUUAUAUGGAAAACGUUAUUUGAGAAACCCCACUAGGAACGACCUUCAAAAAAAUAUAUGAGGUGCAUCUAGAAAAGCAUGGAAUACCCGGCAUGAUUGGUAGCUUGGAUUGUCGUCAAUGGCGUUGGUAUAAUUGUCCAACCGCAUGGCGAGGUCAACAUACACGGGGAGAUCAAAAAGGGCCAACGUUGGUAUUACAAGGUGUUGCGUCAUACGACUUUUGGGUUUGGUCGGCCUUCUUUGGUGUAGCCGGGUGUUUUAACGAUAUUAAUACGUUAGAGGCUUCACCAUUAAUCGAGGGCUACAUUUCUGGAACUAUACCAAAGGCCGGUUUCCAUGCAAACGGGAACGAUUACGAGCAUGGCUACUACUUGGCCGAUGGUAUCUACCCUGAGUAUUCGAUUAU